UUCAAAUUUAACAACACAAUUGAUAGUUCAUAUGGGAUGAGCAAUAUAUGCUGAUAAGGUGGUGCUUUAAGUCUGUAGCCAUACAGUUUAGUUGACAUUUUGGCAUGGAAUGUUAUAUGCGGCUUAUAGAAUCGAUAUCAACUUUACUUGCCAUGUAGAAAAUAUAGAAUCUACGGAAGGGGUGAUGAUUAAUUAACACAUACAUCAACACAAAACUAGCUAGACUGAGUGUACGUCUGUAGGAAAUUGGCAGACACUAUCUAGAUAUACCAUGUCCCUUAGAAGGCACAUACAAGGCAAUUCCGUAGACAUCCUUCCAUCAGACAGCGAAUCGGUCACUAAUAAUUGAAAGCAGUCACACACAGGCAUUUUGAGCCUGUACCGUGAAAGUUGUUGUGGUAUGUGAUUAGCCGACUAGUUAAAGAGCCUUGAUAUCAUUCAAUUAUUGUGUACCAUUGUACCAUCAUUACCUGGUCACAGUGUGGCUUGAUUCAUGUAACAGAACACCCCUGAAUGUCUUGCCUUCUUCUUCAUAAGACACCAAAAUACAAGUGGGAAAUGCUUGUUCAACCAACACAGAUAUAUGCUUCCCUCUCUCAACCUCUUUAGCCAUGACAGGACAAACUGUACUUCUACUCUUGAGACACACACUACACUGUGACUUGUCUUAUUUAUAAUAAUUGAUAUUUUUAAUAUAUUCAAGAAGCACUAAUUAUGCCAUAUAUAAGAAGGUAAUUUGCCCUUUGACUAAAGUUUUUUGUUCUUAAUUUUAGACAACAACUCACAAAUGCAUUCAGCCGUCAUUCGCAAGUAGGAAAACAGCCAUCACAUUAUAUCUUUGUGACUAAAAAUGUUUUUUCACCUAGAAUGUCCAGCUUUGUAGUAGAGCAACACAGACACCAGUCUCUCUUUGAGAGUUCAAUCAGAACACAAACACGCAUGACAACAAAUAUUUCUUGUAAAACGUGUUUGGUUUUAAUUUAAAUAAAUUACGAAAUUAAUAUUAUAUAUUUUAAGCCAUUUUAGUGCGAUUUGUUCGAUAAACUUCAGCUAAACCGGUCCAAAAGAGAAUAAAGUUUUUGGGGAAUACCGAUCAAUUUGUAGAUUCUCACAACCUCAUGACAACAAAGCUUGUUCAAGUUGAAAUCAAAAUUUCAUGUCGAUUCUUGAAAUAUAUCCACAUUUUUGGGUAUGAAUUCUGAAAAUUUUAAACUUUGUGCCAAGCUUAUUCCUUCUAGUUAUGUCCAACAAGGAGAGAAUGCCAGAAAGAGCCAAGAACAUAAGAUUAAGACAUUACUUGAACAUGUAAGUAUCAAAGUGAAGAGAGCAAUAGAGCAUUAUUAUAGCUAGCAUGUUGUUUUGGUAGUUUAUAUAUGCAUUAAGGCAACUGCAAUGGGUAUUAAAUGGUUUUCAAAGCAAAUUACAGUUGGAAAACAGUAUAGCUGGCUAGUUCAUAUAAACAAUGACUUAUUUAUGCAGCUGUUUCAGUGCCAUAUAAAGGAAUUAAGGUGUGUGCAUUGGAAGGGGUUGUCAUCAGCUACUCUGCCACCCCCCUAGCAACAAACCAGUACUCACUCAGUUACCCACACCCUAUCCACAUGAUAUCACAAUAUGACAAUUGACCUCAGAUAUACUGAUCAACAGCAAAUCUUUCUAUAAUUUUUUUAAGACAUACCACCCAUAAAAAAUGUCACCAUGAUUCACCAACAGACAUGGACUGACAAUACCAUUAUUUAAUCAUUCACCCACCUAUUCACUGAGACACCUAAUUGACUACUGCAUUGUAUGAACAUAGUAAUUUUGUGUUAUUUUUACUUAUCCUUGCAAUCAUACAUCCCUGUUAAAUGCAUCGAUGCAUGCAAAUACAGUAUAUAUUUCUCCUUCACCAAUUAAUCUAUAUAAUUAAUCAUCAUCAAUUUCUCAAUAAAACAUAUUGUUGUUAUAAUCACUAUGCCAACUUUAUAUGUUUUAAUUUAUGCUAUGUAAGAUUAUAUACACAACUCCAUCUAAUUUUUCAUAAAUUUCCAAAUUAUUGCAUUUUUUACCAACCCAUUUCACAAUAUACUAACAGGGAUACAGUAUAUAUGAGUUAGAUUCUUGCACUUCACUUGGUGGAAUUAAUAUUAGGAUGUUAGGGUUUGUAAUCCAAGUAUAUAUGAGUGUCCUGUCAAUUUAAUUCUAGCGUAAACUACCUGAAGAUGGUUGGGAUGAAUUGACCAUUGAGUUUCUUUUGCAAGAGCUAGCAAUUACGGAUAGCAACAAUUUUCCAGGUAGUAAAAACAUUUAUGUUUAAAUAUGUACUAAAUUGUAGCCAUGAAAUUACCACACCCUUGACAUGGUGAGUUCUAUCAUUUAAGAAUUGAAGCCACAGUAUUGUUCUUAACUCUGACUCAUGCAAACUGCAGGUAAUGUUGGGGCAGGUGAACGAGAAGGACGAGUUGCAAGUAGUCUGGUCUCAAGAAGGCAUUACAGGUAAUGGUAAGCAAUUGUUAUGGUGGUGGGGUAUAUACUAAAACACAUGAUAUAGUGUAGCACAUGGUUGUCAACCAGCCAAUCAAUUCUUCCCAUUAUAUAUGGUACUUACAGGGACACAUAAUAGGGUGUUGGGAGUUGAUCUUGAUUUUCUGCUAUAAGAGUUGUUUUAUCCACAUGCCACAAAUGUGUGUUGUAGAGAACAAGAAGGUUGGUCUCAGAUUGUCCCAACCUCUCUCUCCCAGAAAUUUGCUGAAUGUACACCCCUGGGUAAUGAGUCUUCAAUUUAAGUUUGCUUGCUGCUUCAAGUGUCAUGACGGCUACAGUGUAUCUGCAACUGUGUCCAUACCCUACUGCAUGAGACCUGUCAAUUGUCAUAAUUAUAAAUACAAUACAGUGUAAAGUAUGUCAUUUGUGAGUAUAGCAGUCUAUUUUUAUUGUUAUCAGGUUUAGUCAUGGUAUAGGUCGCUCUGGUGACGUCACUGCUGUACAACCUAAAGCUGCUGGUUCCUCAUUAAUACUUAAAUUAACUUCUGCUAUGGCAUUGGAUGUUAUCAAGCUAACAGGUAGAAAAUGCUGCACUAUGCAUGACAAUGGGUUGCUCUGGAUUGGGUGAGAUCAGUGAUGUUUUGCUAAUUUUAGAAGUGGGGGAUGGUCUUGAAAAUCAAAUAGGCAUGGUCACUCGGUUGGGUGUGGUACCAUGCAUAGUCAUAGUGAACAAGUACAUACAAAAUAGUAUGUUUAGUAGAACAUGUACCUAAAAACACCUAGUUUGUGCAUGGUAGAUGUCAAAAAGCAAAUAAAACCAUGUUGACUUGCGAAUUUGAUGGUGCAAUUAGCAGUACUAUAGGAGUGAGUAUACAUUAAUUUCUUGUUUCAUAUACAAAAUGUAAACAUUUCAACUUGUGACUUUGUUUAGGUGUGCGAAGUGCCACAUCGUGUUUAGUGUUGCCAGUUGCGACAGGCAUGAGCAUUGUGAUGACACUGUUGGCAUUUCGUCAUCUGAGACCCAAAGCUAAAUAUGUCCUGUGGCCAAGGAUUGAUCAAAAAUCUUGUUUCAAGUCAAUUAUUACUGCAGGUAAAUUCUUCUUGUUACGUUAAUACUCUAACCAAUUGCAAAGGAUUUCAGAAAUUAUUGGGGGGGGGGGGGACAUUGCCUCUCUUAGUGUCCGCCACUGUAUAGAUUUGUUUUUGCUGGAAAAAUUGAACAUCAAGUAAUGUUUUUGAACCUCUAUAUUUUUAGGGUUUAUUCCUGUUAUUAUUGAGAAUGUUCUGGAAGGAGAUGAAUUAAGAACUGAUAUUUCAGAGGUGGAAAAAAAGAUUAAAGAAUUAGGCGAGGAAAACAUUGUAUGCAUUAUGACAACUACGAGUUGCUUUGCACCGAGAGUGCCUGAUAGGUGAGGAUAGAUCAAACUGUUUGUGGGUAGAGCCCAAAAAUAGGAAGAAGGAUCAAAGUCACGAACCACGCCCGAAGCUGAUUGGGAUGACGGUUGUACGAAGUGCAGAUAUCGUUAUUCGUCAGUAACGAUGGACUCGACAUAUUAAAUCGAAAAAAAACUGCAAUCCCAAUGUACUAAACACAAAUCUUGGUUAUCUCAACGGCUAAUUUUAGAAAGAUUGAAAAAAUCACUCAUCGGUGGAUUGCGCUUUCCAGCAGUUCGUACAAACAGGCCUAAGAUCGUUUUGCAUCUCUCCAUUCAGCGAAUGGCAUUAGUCAUUAUAAAACUUUUGAGAUUUUAAAAAGUCUUUCAAAAAUGUGUUACUGUAUUCUUAAGAUUGGAAGAGGUGGCAAAGUUAUGCAAAGACAAGAGUGUUCCUCAUAUCGUCAAUAAUGCUUAUGGCGUUCAGUCGACCAAGUGUAUGCACUUAAUACAACAGGUGAUUGCUCUAUAUAUGUUUAGUUCAUUAGCAUGAUAACAUUGGGUGAAAAUAUCCUAAGAUUUAGGAAUCUCAUUUUUCUUUUCCGCUAGGCAGCCCGCGUAGGUCGUGUCGAUGCCUUCAUUCAAAGUUUAGACAAAAACUUUAUGGUUCCUGUUGGUGGUGCUAUCAUUGCUGGCUUUGAUAAUAGUUUCAUUGAUACCAUUAGUAAAACCUAUCCUGGUGAGUUGACAUAACGACGCUAAUAUUUUUGAGAUUUAUUAAACAAUUUUUAAACAGGAUAUACAUGUAGUAUCACAGUUUACAAAUCACCAAACACUAUUUAACUCAUUCGCGCACCGUAGAUACGUGUGAAACACGCUCGGAACAAGAAUGAACGCAAUUUGGACGUAAACGAAAUGCAAAUGGAAGCAAUUAGACGCAAAAUUCAUCUGAAACGCCAAUGGAACGAAAUCAAGAACGUGUUUCGGAUGUGGUUUCUUUUAGGCCGAGUAGUACCAUAACUUCUGUGUUGUACGAGCGUUGCACAAUGUAGUUUAUCUGUAAAUUUGAUUCAGGUUUUGCCAAGGAGUAAGCUCUUGUUCAUUGCCUAUUCAUCAAUAUUCUUUUAGGUCGUGCAUCUGCCUCACCGUGUUUAGAUCUUUUUAUAACUUUGUUAAGUCUUGGUUCAAAAGGAUACCAGAGAUUGGUCUCUCAAAGGAAGGCAAGUUCAGACUUGUAGUAAGGUAUAGUUAAGGUUAUAUGCUAAUUACUGAAGACGAAUUUUGUCUCAGAGGUUACCAAGUGUUAGCAUAGUAACAUAACCUGAAUGUCAGGCCUAAACUUCUCUCCCUUCCAGAGGGGAAUCAGCCGAUCAGCCCACUCGAAACUUGGCGGCAAAUAAACUGACUCGUACCCAGUCCCAGAAAUGAGGAUUGAAAAAAAUAGUGGUGCAUGAUGGGAAUGAUCCGUAACACUCAUCUGCAGUCCACCGAUGUACUCAUUGACGACUGGGUAGGCAAAUAAGUAGGUCUGUGCCACUGAUCUGUGCUCAGACUAAUUCUAACAUCAUAAUUAUUUGAUAUAAUUAAAAUUUUCAAGGAAGUAUAUAGCUACUUGGCGGAAGGUCUUUCAAAACUGGCUGAUGCUCAUGGUCAGAAACUAUUGAACACAAAACACAAUCCUAUAUCAUUAGGUAGGUGUUUCUCUAUUCGCUGCUUUUCUCUCUUGUUAUCUAUUUUAUUAACCGUUUAUAAACUUCACAGUUUCAUUUCUUUUCACUAAUUCUCAGCAAUGUCGCUUCGCCAAAUGGAAGGAGGUCUCAAUGUUACUAAUGAUGGGAUGACUCAGUUGGGAUCCAUGCUCUUUACGCGAUGUGUUUCCGGGGCAAGGUAUAUCUUUUCAAGUUACCCAUGUUCGAACAGGGAUUUCUGAGAUUCAAACUGGAAACCCACUAAAACAGAGACUUGAUGUGUAUUCCGCGCUUAGGACAUUUUGAAAUAAUGAUUUGAGUCACCCUAGUUCCCUAUGAUGUUUUAUGGGGAACGAGGGGGCCUGAUUAUGGGAAGAGGACACCUAAUUAUUAUAAGGGGGUACCUGAUUAUGGGAAAGUGGAGAAGCCCUAGGAGGAGGGGGCACGUGUGUUACCUAGUGUACCACUGAGAGUCCUACACUAUAAUUCCAAUAUGUAGAACUAUGAAAUAUAUGUGAUUGCUACAAUGUAUUUUAAUUUCUUAACCAGGGUUGUUCCUCCAAACGCGACAAAGGACAUCAACGGUUACCAGUUCACUGGAUGGGGCGCGCACACGAAUAACUAUCCAUGCGCGUACAUGACGGCCGCGGCAGCCCUGGGUAUGAGUCGAGAUGACGUAGACAUUUUCUUGAAGAGACUUGACAAAUGUUUGUUUAAGUUUUCCAAGAAAAAUAAUCCCGCUCUUUCGAUUGUCGAAACGAACGAUGAAGAAAGAAAUGAGUUGGCUGAAAAGUAGUAUGUUGAGAAAUGCUUUGUUGUGAAUAACUCUAAUCUGCAUAGUUAAAACAAGUUGGUUAGAACAACGAAUUUAGUUCAAUACGCGAGCUGUAUUCCCGGAAAAUAUAAGAUAUUAGGGUAUCCCCCCAUCGGGUAUAUAGCCCGCGUGUUAGCUUCAGCCAAUGGUCUAUAAUUUAGAAAUUAAAAAAAUUAAGGAAGAGAUUCGCAUUAACGAAAUAGAUUAAAUUAAAAGCUGUCGGUGCACGCACAGACUUUAAAAUUGAUAAAAAUAGCUGUUAAUUGUUGAGUUUAACAUGUGAAACAUAACGUGUCUCGGUGUCUUGUUAAGAUGAUUAAAACAGAGACAGUUUUAUUAUCACCAAUGAAGAAGCAUCCGUGAAAUUAAACUAUAGGAAACGGUAUAGUUUCGCGCACGAAUAUAUUUUUCCUAGGUCAUGCAUGACCACAACUCUAAAGCCUGAUUUACACUAUCAAAGUUUCUGUGAUGACAGUACUUAGUAGGAAUUUUGCAUAGUAAAUUGUAAGUUUUGAAGGAUUUCUAAGAAAUGUUUGAAGGAGUUGAUGCAGUGUUAAACAACGACUCAGUUCCCUCAAAUAUGCAUUUCUUACAAAUCCUUUGAAACUUAAGUUUGAGUCCAAAUGCAGGCGUGCAUGGUUGGUUAUAAUGGCGUUGUUUAUAGAUCGUAUAUAAAAAGACAUUUUAAAAUACACUUUACAUGCAAUUUUACAGUUUCUUAGGCUCUGUUCGCACCGAGUCGUGAUGGAUUCGAUCAAACUGGCGUGAUUUUGUCUGUCGAGUACAUGUAUAUAGCUAAUGCAAGGCCGUGUUCACAGAACCCUAGUUGAAUUUGCUUUGGGAACGCUCUAUAUAUGUAGCCUUCAGUAUAAACUAUUACACUUAUUUCUGAUCUAUUUCACUGUUUUCGACAAGCCAACCUACGAAGUAGUUCCACAAGCCGAUGUAGGUCUGGUCGCGGCCGUAACAAAACUGACUUGGUGGUGUUGGCUACGAGAUUUUGGCGCGGAGAGGAUACGCGGUUUUCUGACCUCGCUUAACGGCAGAGCUCUUGAUUCGCCUUCGUCGAGUUUGCUUUCCACCACUUUCAUUUGUUCAGGCUUCUUGCUAUUGUCACUUUUAAUCACAUUCCUAGCAAUAUCAGACUUCACAUUAACGGAGGUUUUUACUAAACUUAAUGUGUUUUCAAUUCCGCUGUGUUUUAUCGAGUCAUUUGAUUGACUUGUUAUAUUUUCCUUAGAUGUUCCGUAAGCUUCGCGUUUUGUUAAUUUGUCUCCUGUUUUCGUAUUCUGAGAAGAAAUUGCAGGCAAACUUGUCCGACGCUUUUUCGUUACCCGGGCAACCCCAUCGAGUUUUGAAACGAUUUUGGGAAGCCGCACGACUUUUUUCAAUUUGUUUUCUUUACCCAAAUCAUCAGCGCUUUCGGCUUUCCGGGGAAACAAACGCUUCUUUUCGUGACCUGCAAAGGUAGAAGUUUGUGGUAUCGAAAGAACGGAACGAUCAUGCCUCUUGCUUAUUGCACGUCUUUUGUAGUGGUUUAUAAAUUCACGAUUGGUUUUCGCGACAAGAUGAAUCGUUUGUAAAUCGCGUCGUUCUUUCGAGAUGUCGCGUUGUUCUUGCCGCAUCGCGUCUAAUUUUGCUCCGAUUUCUCUCUCCUCGCGUUUGAUUUCUGCGAGCCAUACUCGAUAUUCUUUGACGAGUUGAUUGAGUUCGCAUUCGUAUUUAAAUCUGACGUAUUCAUUAGAACUGUACAUUCGUCCAACUAUGGACUUUGAUUGAAUGAUCAACGACUCUGCAUAAAACGGAUCGUCGAGGGGCGAGCGAGAGUUUUUUGAGCCAGUACUACUUUUCAAAGCAGCCACCCUGUCUUCAAAACUAGCCAUCAAGGUAAUGUAUGUCUGUGGCAACGCCAGUU